CUAACAGAGUAACAGACACCAAACAACGCCCAUCACUCGCGCCGUACAUCCUGCCUCCUCCCGCGCGCGCGCGCGCGUGCACGCUAGCUAGCUGCCGGUCGCCUCGCCACCAUGGUGUUCGACGCGAGCGGCAGCAGGUCGGCGGCGGCGGCGUCGGGGAACCCUCUCCGCGUGAUCCUGACGCGCGGGUUCGCGCGGCAGGUGCUCGCGGGGCGGUGGUUGACGGUGUUCGCGAGCCUGCUCAUCAUGGCGUCGUCCGGCGCGACGUACAUCUUCGGGAGCUACUCCGGCACGCUCAAGUCGUCGCUCGGGUACGACCAGCGCACGCUCAACACCGUGUCCUUCUUCAAGGACCUCGGCGCCAACCUGGGCGUCUUCUCGGGGCUCAUCAACGAGGUGACCCCGCCGUGGGUGGUGCUGGCCAUGGGCGCCGCCAUGAACCUGUCCGGGUACCUCAUGGUGUACCUGGCCGUGUCCGGGCGCACCGCGCCGCCGCCGCUGUGGCUCGUGUGCCUCUACUUCUUCGUGGGCGCCAACUCGCAGUCGUUCGCCAACACCGGCGCGCUGGUGACCUGCGUCAAGAACUUCCCCGACAGCCGCGGGGUGGUGCUCGGCAUCCUCAAGGGCUUCGUCGGCCUCAGCGGCGCCGUGUACACGCAGCUGUACCUGGCCCUGUACGGCGGCGACGACGCCGAGUCGCUGAUCCUCCUCGUCGCCUGGCUCCCCGCGGCGGUGUCCGUCGUGUUCGUCCACACCAUCCGGUACAUGCCGUACCCGCGCCGCCGUGGCGGCGGCAGGCAGGAGACGAGCUCCGACUCCGACCCCUUCUUCUGCUUCCUCUACCUCUCCAUCGCGCUGGCGUGCUUCCUCCUCGUCAUGAUCGUGGUGCAGAAGCAGGUGCCCUUCUCCCGCGCCGCGUACGGCGUGGCCGCCACGCCGCUGCUCAUCCUCCUCCUCAUGCCCCUCGGCGUCGUCGUCAAGCAGGAGUACAAGAUCUACCGGGAGCGCCAGCUCGACGCGGCCGACCCGCCGCCGCCGACCAUCAUCUCCGCGUCGGCAACGGACGCCAGCAAGAAAACAGAGCAGCAGCCGGCGCCGGCGCCGCCGCCGACGACGUCGUCGUUCUGUGGGUGCGUGAGGACCAUGUUCCGUCCGCCGGCUCGUGGGGAGGACUACACGAUCCUGCAGGCGCUGGUGAGCGUGGACAUGCUGGUGCUGUUCGUGGCGACAAUCUGCGGCGUGGGCGGGACGCUGACGGCGAUCGACAACAUGGGGCAGAUCGGCGAGUCGCUGGGCUACCCCGCCAGGAGCGUCAACACGUUCGUGUCCCUGAUCAGCAUCUGGAACUACGCGGGGCGCGUGACGGCGGGCUACGCCUCGGAGGCGGCGCUGGCCCGGUACCGCGUGCCGCGGCCGCUGCUGCUGACGUGCGUGCUGGCGCUGGCGUGCGCGGGGCACGUGCUGAUCGCGCUGGGCGCGCCGCGGUCCCUGUACGCGGCGUCGGUGGUCGUCGGGUUCUGCUUCGGCGCGCAGUGGCCGCUGGUGUUCGCCAUCAUCUCGGAGGUGUUCGGGCUCAAGUACUACUCCACGCUCUACAACUUGGGCGGCAUGGCCAGCCCCGUGGGCUCCUACAUCCUGAACGUGCGCGUGGCGGGGCGGCUCUACGACGCGGCGGCCGCGCAGCAGCGCGGCCGCGGCAGGAUCUGCCUCGGGGUGGAGUGCUACCGGCGGUCGUUCCUGAUCGUCACGGCGGCCACGGUGGUCGGCGCGCUGGUGUCGCUGGUGCUGGUGUGGCGGACGUGGACGUUCUACAGGGGCGACAUAUACGCGAGGUUCCGGGACGGAGACGAGGGCCCGGGGCGGGACGGGCGCCUGCCGGUCGACCAGAAACGGGAGGAGGAGGAGAGGGAGAAGGCGGCGGCCAACGGCAGGAAGGCGUGAGGUGGUGAGCGGGAGCGGGAAGGCAUGGUCAGGGACGACGACGGGUGGGGUGUACAUGUACAUGUGAAUAUAGUACUUUUUUGUUGCAUUCACCCGUGAUGACCGACCCUUGUUACCUUUCAAAUUUAAAUAGCCUAAAAAAAGCCUUCUUGUCCGUUUCCA